CUAUACUGACGCUUUCACAAGAUGAGGCUUCUACUGAAGAACCUGGAUAAAAUGAGAUGCUUACGUAAGCGCUCCACCAUCCCCUUUUUGGUGAUUCUCAUCACCUUUCUGCUCUUCAUGAACCUUUACAUGGAGGAUGGCUAUGUGCUGGAGGAGGAUAAACGGCAGCUGAGAGAGGUCUCAAUGCACCCUCUAAAUUCUGAGCGAUAUGUUCACACCUUCAAAGACAUCACCAAUUUUUCUGGAACCAUUAAUGUGACAUAUCGUUACCUUGCUGGGACACCUUUACCUCGAAAAAAGUACCUCACAAUUGGAUUGUCAUCAGUGAAAAGAAAACGAGGAAAUUAUCUUUUGGAAACCAUCAAGUCAAUUUUUGAUCAGUCCAGCUAUGAAGAGCUCAAAGAGAUUGUAGUUGUGGUCCAUUUAGCAGAUUUUGACCUGGCUUGGUGUGAGAGUUUGGUUCAGGAGAUCACCCGCAAAUUUGGGCAUCACAUCAUUGCAGGACGUCUACUGGUCAUUCACGCACCUGAGGAAUAUUACCCGUCUCUUGACGGGCUGAAGCGAAACUACAAUGACCCUGAGGAUAGAGUUCGGUUCCGUUCCAAGCAGAAUGUAGACUAUGCUUUCCUCCUCAACUUCUGCACCAACCUCUCCCACUUCUAUAUGAUGCUGGAGGAUGAUGUGCGAUGCUCACGGAAUUUCCUCACUGCUCUAAAGAAGGUAGUCACUUCCAGAGAGGGGUCAUACUGGGUCACUCUGGAGUUCUCUAAGCUGGGCUACAUCGGGAAGCUUUACCACUCUAGAGAUCUUCCCAGACUUGCACAUUUUCUGCUCAUGUUCUAUCAGGAGAUGCCUUGUGAUUGGCUGCUGAUUCAUUUCCGAGGCCUGUUGGCCCAGAAGGAAGUAAUCCGCUUCAAGCCAUCGCUUUUCCAACACAUGGGCUACUACUCGUCAUACAAGGGGGCCGAAAAUAAACUGAAGGAUGAUGACUUUGAGGAGGACUCACUUGAUAUCCCAGACAACCCCCCUGCCACGCUAUACACUAACAUUAAUGUGUUUGAGAGCUAUGACGCUGCCAAAGCUUAUAGCAGUGUGGAUGAGUACUUCUGGGGCAAGGCUCCUUCCACUGGGGACUUUUAUGUCAUAGUGUUCAACAAGCCAACGAAAAUUAGCAAAAUUAAGAUCAGCACUGGAACAGAUGACCGUCAGAAUGACAUUUUGCAUCAUGGAGCCUUAGAAGUUGGAGAGAAACUGGUGGGAACAAAAAAAGGCAGGCAGUGCUCCUCCUAUAUCACAUUAGGAGAGUUUAAACAUGGGAACAUUGAGGUUCACAAUGUGGACCAUAAAAUUGCUUUUGAUAUUGAGUGCGUUCGCAUUGUGGUCACAGCAAACCAGAAGGAAUGGCUGAUCAUCAGAAGUAUAAGCCUGUGGACUACUCAACCUCCAAAUCAGUGA